UUUAUCGGAUAACAGUUGGGGCUUCCAAUUUACAAAAUAAAUAUGCAACAGGACAAACAAUUACAGUUCAAUAUCCAAUAACAAACGAUUGGAAAAUAACAUCAAAUUCACCUCAGCUUCUUCCAGGUACAAUUGAUUUACUGUUAACUUAUCCUGUAUCGAGCAACUCGACGGAAAUGAUUUUACCAACCAAUGCAAGUGUCAAUAUACUCUUUGGCGAUGGUUCAACCUAUGAAUGGAUUGUACCUGAGAAAUGGUCAGAAUUGCCUAAUGGCGAGAAAAUAUUUUCUCAUCGUUACAAGUACCAAGGUCACUACAAGAUAAUUGCAACCAUGUUGAACUUGGUUUCAACUUUAACCCUGAAAACGGACAUCUUUCUCUUACGACGAAUCACUGGAUUCUGGUUGGAAACUUAUACUUUACCGGCAAACAAAAAGUUUAGCUCAACCGAAUCAAAGUUACCCAAUGAAAUUGAGGGUAAAAGGAUUGAUGAGGAGGAAAGCAAUUCAGAUAAUACUUUAACAACUUCCAAUCGACAUAAAUUAUCCAUUGGAAGUCAAGUAAAGUUUACGUUUAACCAAACCACUGGUGAUGUUGAUAAAUAUAUUGUUUAUCUUAAUGAAAAACUUCUCAAAGAGACACCGAACAACAAAUUCCUUUUUACCGGAAAAAAGCCUGGUUGGCAUAAUUUCACAUUCUAUGCGUACAACAAAAUUCAAGGGCGAACCGAUCCAGUUUAUCGAAACCUUUACUUUAUGAAACCAGUUUCUGGUCUCGAGUUGCUCGAUGUAAGUGUCGAUGUGACUAAACCAGCCAACAAAAUAUUGCAAAUAAAUUUACGCGAGAUUGGCACUGAUUCGUGUGUGGCCAUACUUUACGGAGACUCGAUGCCGUUCCAUAAAUCGGCUUCUCUUUUUGGAUCUCCUGAAGAUUGCUCUGAAGGUUUUCCCAACAUUGAAGUUGCCCAUUAUAGUGACAUUAAUGAGACCAUGAUAGCACCCUAUGAUUAUACUGGCGGACCUGGUGACUAUGUGGUUACGGCAAAGGCAUGGAAUGCAGUUAGUGGAACGAUAUCAACGCAACUAACCAUAACUGUACUGGAAAUUGAUUGUUAUGUUCCCGAGGUAAUAAUAUACAAUCCAUCGACCAACUAUUCGCUUGCAACUCAAGUAUGGAAAUCAAAGCCAGUUCAACUUUACUCACUGGCCAAGGUUGACUGUAAUGCUUCCAUUACGGUAAACAAGUAUUGGCAGUGUUACUCCAUCAAUGAAGAAACGGGUGAACAAGGUGAACCCAUAGACCUAUCCAUGCUCGACUCGUAUCGUAAAACAGUCCUCUAUGUGCCACCCUUUUUCCUAUCUCAAGGGUUGUACUCUUUUCGUUUUGUGGUUGAUCUAAAUAAUCUUGAGCCACAUCCUUUGCUACCCUUUUCUGGGCAUGCAUCGACUUAUAUACGCAUUGUGAGGUCACCGAUUAUUGGUAAAAUGACUGCAGGAGCCGAGAGUCGAGCCAUUCGUGGAAUGGGACAGCAACUUAAACUUGCACCUGGAAUCUAUUCAAUAGAUCCAGAUGAUGAUAGCAAUAAAAACUUCAACAUAAUCUGGUAUUGCCGUCGAUUACCAAAUGAAAAGUUGUUUGAAUCAAAUGAAAACAAGGAAGAAGAAACGGAAGAGAAAGAUGAUGCAAAGAAGAGCACCAAAAAUGACGAGGACGUUGAAAGAGAUGACGCUGUCGAGGAAGAGGCUGAUGAAGAAAAAUCAAGUGGUAAAGCAAAGGGCAAAGGCAAGCGUGGAGGUGGAUCGAGUGAGGAAGAGAUGGCAGUAUCAAAUCCUCUCUGGGAAAGACCAGCCUUUAUGGAAGACAUGGGUGGUUGCUUUGGUAAAGGUCCAGGUCGAAUCAAUAUAACGGACAAGUCGAUUGAAUGGCCAACUUCAGUCUUUUACGCUGCUGGGUUUACCUACGAAAUUGUAGUCAAGAUUGAUCCACCUGACCGGGAGCCCUCUUGGUCUGGUAUUCAAUUGGUACUCCUUGAACGAACACCUCCUUCGAUAACCAUUCAAUGUCAGACACCUUCUCUAUGCUAUCCACACGUACCUCUGGGUCAGAAAAUUAAUCCAGUUCGAGUGGGUCUGGUUGGUGUUUGCAAUGAAGACUGUGAUGGAACACUGCUCUACGAGUGGACCAUAUUUGGUAUCGACUCUGUUUCAGGAGAGGAAAACUUGUUGACCGAUGCAGCAAACUAUGUGGUUGGCUCAAACGAUGUCAAAAUGGCUUUGGGCAAAGAGUUUUUCGAUCGCUAUUAUCCAAAGUACGGUGACUUUUUUGCCAAACUUGCGGUAAUCAAUGAACGCGGAGAUCGCGGUGAAUCAGACAUUUUCUUGCACAUUAACAAGCCACCAACUGGAGGCGAUUGCAACAUGACUUCGACUGGUCAUUAUGCUCUGCUUGAUAAGCACAUGAUCAACUGUUACAACUGGUACGAUCCCGAGUACAAGCCAAUUGAAUAUUAUGGCUUUUGGAUAAUGUCAAAAGCCAAGGGUUCAAUUUCAUUCCUUUCUUAUGGUCCUGAACGAAAGGCAACACUGGUCUUACCUCCGGGUGAGUUUCUGGUUGGAGUUGAUAUAAAGGACAAGGAAGGUGCUCUGACUCGACAUGCAAUUACCAAUUUAACUCUAAUACCACCAACUCAGCAACAGUUUGAUGCCUUCAUGGAGCUUAAACAAUUGGAGAAUGCUGAUGCUGCUGGAGAUCAAUCAAGAAUGUCAAUGAUUUCUCAAGCUGUUUCAGCCUUAAUGAAUAUUGAUUUGGUGGAUGAAACUUUGUUGGAAGCGACAACAACAACAACAACAACAACAACCACAACCACAACAAUGAAACCAACAACUGGCAAUGGAACCAUAUUUGCCCAGAAAAGUGAAGCCAAGAUUGAAGAGGAGGUUAAAACUCGAUCAAAGAUGUUUCAAUCGGUUGAAAAUAUCAUGAAUGUUGACACGUUAAACAGCUUGGAAACCAUUGGAUCAGUCUUGUCCGCCAUCUCGGGUCGUGGUAAGGGCAUUGAUAAUGAGGCUAAACACACUGUUAUACGCUUGUUAAACAAGACAAUCAAUAUGGCAUCAACACUGGAAGUUGAAUCUCCUCAACAAUUGAUUGACUUUUGCAUGUUUGCAGUGGGCACAAUGGGAGCAAUUGUCAAUCGAAUGACUGAACAAUUGAUCAAAAAAGUUGUACUUCCAACUGAUCGCUCAAAAGCCUGGGGAAUCGAGUAUGAAGUUGAACCGCCCGACUAUGGUGAAGCUAAAGAUUACGUAUUUGAUGGUAAAUCAUCAGUUGAAGAAUCAUUGGCUCGGGCUGUGAUUCUCAGUGAAAGGAAACUCGGUGAGGAACAGAUUAAACAAAUGGUUGGACUUACUAUUGAUCUGGUUCUGGCUAUUUUAAGGAACAUCGUUGUUGGUGAAAAGCCACUUACAUUUGCAGCUCCUUCAGGCUUAUCACUUACCAUUGAAAUGUUCAAUGGUGGCGGACUUUCCAAUAAGUCUAUUCAGCAUGGCGACGCUACUUAUAUUUUCCCUGAAGUUUGUUCAAUUUUAACGACGAAAGAAGCUUGUCAUGGCAAUGAGACGAUGGGAAUCAUGGCAGUUUCAUGGCCUUCAAUCUUGGAAUCUUUUGGUAACAGUGUUGACCUACUUUCAGAAGAUACUCAAACACUUCAGUUGAUUGUUUUAGAUGAAGAUUUAAGGAUACUUGAUGUUUCAAAUGCAACCGAUUACUUUUCAAUAAUCAUUCCUCGCUCCCUGUCCAGUGAUUCAUUGGUUGAAUCAAAUGAGGUUGAGGGUUCCCUAGUCACUGGUGCACAUUCAUCAAGCUUACCAGAGGGUGACUUUAUUGUGCCCAAACCAAGGCCAGGUGAAUCGAUGCAAUACCAUCAGUUUUUAGUGACCAAAGCCUAUUCAGCACUCAACAUUGAGAUAACACCGACCAACCCUUCAUCUCGACUAAUUCUUUUCCUUCACUAUAAAUCGAAACCUUUUCUGUCUCUUCAUGAAGUCUCUAUUCCACUCGGUGUAGUGGGCAAUCAAAAGGGUUCAACGCAUGACAUUUUCCUGGGCAACUCCAUCAUAGCCAACAGAACGGGCUUCUUUUACCUGGGCAUAGCGUGUGCCAACGAAUCGGCCAUUCGUGAUUCAUCUUAUUCCUAUCUACUCGAUGACAUGAUGAUACACACCAAUUUGACCAUGAACAUUUCAUCAACAACCGAAAAUGUAACUACAGCCGAUUGGAUGAUGCGAAACUUCGAUACCAACUAUACACUUCGAAUCUACACUUCGGGUUGUUACUUCUACAACUAUUCAGAUAAAAUUUGGUCUGGAAAGGGCUGUUUUGUGGCCACGGCUAAUGCACACAUGACCCACUGCAAGUGCAACCACUUGACCUCUUUCGGUUCAGGCUUCUUCAUCAUGCCCAAUACCAUUGACUUUUCCUACGUGUUUGCCAAUGCAGGCUUUGUGGACAAUAUAACCAUCUACUUGACUGUCAUACUUACACUUGUUGUGUACAUUUCAUUGGUAGUCUGGGCACGAGCUGCCGACAGAGCCGAUCUUCGUAAACUCGGAGCCACUCCAUUACCCGACAAUGAUCCAAAAGACAAGUAUCUAUACGAGAUUACAGUUUACACGGGAGACAAGGAAGCCUCUGAGACUGACUCCAAGGUAUCAUUUAUCCUAUCGGGUGAUGACGAUGAAACUGAUGUGCGAUCCUUUAGCGAUCCAGAGAGGAAAAUAUUCCGUCGUGGUGCUCAAGAUAUAUUUGUCAUGGCAGUUCCAAGGAAACUUGGUCGAUUAACCUAUUUGCGCAUUUGGCACGACAACUCGGGAUCAGGCAGGAAGCGCUCUUGGUUUUUGAAUUUCAUUGUUAUUCGCGAUGUUCAAACGGGAGAAAAGUUUGAAUUCAUUUGCAACAAAUGGCUUGCCGUUGAAAAAGGUGAUGGCGUUAUAGAUCGUCUUAUUCCAGUUGCUGGUCUUGGUGAGGCAACUGAGUUUAGCCACUUGUUUCACAAUAAAACAUCAAAAGGUCUCAAGGAUGGACAUUUGUGGUUCUCAGUGUUUCUCAGGCCAACUCGAUCCAGGUUUACUCGAGUUCAACGAGUUUCUUGUUGCAUGGCCAUGUUGUACUUGUCUAUGCUAGUCAAUGCCAUGUGGUAUGAAAAGGCGCCACCAAAGCCUCGAGCUUCGGCUCUAGAGUUUGGACCAUUUACAUUGAGUCCUGAGCAAAUUGGAAUAGGUUUCAUGUCCAACUUGAUAGUUUUUCCGCCCACCUUUUUGAUUGUCUUGUUUUUCCGUAAAUCACGACUUCGACGGUUACGACCAUCGCGACUUGAAGAGACUGCCAAGAGGCAAGGUAUACCUUACAAGAAGCUAACCCCCGACUCUGGUUCUGCAUCAGCAUCUACAGUCUCUCCCAUCGCCACCAUUGAUCGACCUUCCAUCACAGAUUCACCCGUCUUGGGUGGAACCAUAAGUACAGUGCAACAUGAUCCAGCUUUUGGUAUGACAAGUAAGACGAGUGGAGUGGGCAAGAGCAAGCGAACCAUGAAGAAGCCCAAGAAGCAAUUUUUGUUUCCUUGGUGGUGUCGUUACAUUGGGUGGGCCUUGUGUGUCAUAUGCAUGGUCGUCUCAGUCUUUUUCUUGUGGGCUUAUGGAGUCCAGUUUGGGGACAAAAAGACUCGUCAAUGGUUAACUUCACUUGUAAUUUCAUUUUUCGCUUCAAUCCUCAUCACUCAACCGAUAAAAGUGUUUCUCACGGCCAUUAUAUUGUCGACCAUAUUCAAAGCACCUGAUGCUGAUGUUGAUGAAUCGGAGCAAGAUGAGGAAGACAUUGACCUUGAAUUGAGGCCUGAUGAAGAGUGGCUACACGACUUGGCUUCAAUGUCUCCCCAUACUCGUCGACGAGGAGGACGUCGAGCCAAGUAUUAUCGACCACCCAACUUGACAGCACUUGAACGGGCAAAGUUGGAGCGACUCAAAGAGAUUCAAAUGGGCAUCAUUUUAAAAGACAUUUUCUCGUAUCUUGUUUUCCUUUGGCUUCUUAUUGUACUCUCAUAUGGUAACCGUGAUCCCAAUGCCUUCCUGACCAAAGACGCAGUCAAGGCAACCUUCAUCAAAGGAGCCAAUACGGGAAGUGCAUUCACCUCGGUAUCAACCACAGAGGGUCUAUGGGAAUGGAUUGAAAAGACUUUGAUUCCAGAGCUGCUUGUAGGUCCGUGGUACAAUGACUAUCAACCCUAUGGAAUGCGUGGUUUCCUCAAUGAUCGUGUUAACCGUGUCAUGGGUUACGGUGUGUUGAGAUCAACUAGAGUACGAGAGUCAACCUGUUCAAUGCCGGGUACAAUGGAAAAGCUGUUGAAAUCACGAGCCAAAUGUCGAAGUUUUGGAAACAUAAUAUUUGAAGAUCGUCGUUCAUAUGGUAAAGGUUGGACACCUUUCAACUUUACCUCAUUGCACACUCCAAUUCACAAGAAAGGUGCACUAACUUCACCAGUAAACUCGUCACUGGCACAGUCACCAUCACCCGAUUAUGAAGAGAUGGACAUGGACGAUGCUGGACCACUUGAAGAAGGCAUAACAACCAAAUUACCAGGUGAAGACAUUGUCCUAGUCAACCCGUCCAAGUCCAAGAAGACUCCUUGGCAGUAUCGUAAACCAUCCGAACUCGAUGGACUACCCUUUUGGGGUCUUCUUGAUGUCUACUCGGGCGGUGGUUAUACCAUUCCCUUGAAAGGUUCUCGAGCCAGUCUUUUGUCCAACUUGGCUAUUCUCAAAAACAACAGUUGGAUUGACAGUCGAACCCGAUCCGUGUUCGCCGAGUUUUCAGCCUACAAUCCUCAAGUCAACCUGUUUACCGUAGUCACUAUUGUAGCUGAAUUUCAGCCUGGCGGUGGAAUCGUGCCCAACUAUCGGAUAGACGUUGUCCGUCUCAUCCGUUAUCAUCAGGGCUUCGGUCUAUUUGUUAUACUCUGUGAACUUUCCUACGUUUGUUUCAUAAUUUACUUUACCGUUCGUGAGAUUAAAAAACUUCGCUCUGAAGGAUUUUACUAUUUCACCUCGUAUUGGAACUGGGCUGAACUGUUCAUCAUUAUAUGCUCCUAUGUGGCCAUUGGACUUUACAUUUAUCGUUCAAUAUUAACUCACACAAUACUCAAAAUUUUUGAUCGAACUCACGGCAAUGGGUACAUUAAACUUCAAUAUGUAACCUUUAUCGAUGAGCUCUUUGGCUACAUUAUGGCUUUCGUCAUAUUUAUUGGUAUAUUAAAGUUUAUCCGUUUACUGCGUUUCAAUAAGCGAAUGGGCCUGCUCUACUCGACUCUUCACCAAUGUUCAAAAGACUUGAAAUCUUUUUGCAUCGUUUUCUUAAUCGUCUUCUUUGCCUUUGUUCAACUGUUUUACCUUCUUUUUGGCACUUCAUUACCCGACUUUAGUUCGUUGGUCAAUGCCGCUGAAACUUCAUUCGGUAUGGUAACUGGCAAGUUUGACUUUGAGGCAAUGGUCACUGCAGCACCAACCCUGGGUCCACUUUCAUUCUUCAUCUUUGUACUCAUUGCUCAAAUUGUUUUGGUCAACAUUUUCUUGACUCUAAUUAUAUCGGCUUUUGAAACGGUUAAACAUGACAUUGCCAAGCAAAACAAUGAAUUUGAAAUGGUCAACUUUGUAUUGAACAAGUUUAAAGAGAUUCUGGGCAUUGACGGACAUGGUUCAGUUCAUCCAGGUUCCUAUGAACCUUCCAACCAAACCUUGUCCAUUCACGAACAGAUGAAGCUGCUACCCGAAAAAGUUGACCAGUUUAUUGCACACAUUGACGAUCUAUUUUACUCAUCCGCCAAGACGGGCAGUUCACCGGCCGUCUCGGUGGGUGCAACACCAACAACAUCCAAAUCAUUGUCAACAAGCAAGACCAAGUAUACAGACUUGAUGAAUACCAAUUUACGAAGGUCAAAUGUCACCUCAUCAACAAUCAUGGAAGCAAAUGUCAACGACUUUUAUCCCGCUCCUGGAGCACGAGUUAGGACCGGUGGAAGAGCAGCCCGUAGAGCCCGCCGUCAGUCAACUUCAACACCACAGCAUCAAAAUUUCAAUCAAUCAGGUGGAGGUCUAUUGGAUUGGCAAGAAAUUUCAAGUCGUAAAUGAACAUUCAAAGGAUCACUAAUAUGAAUAAAAAGGACAAAACUCGAAGUGGAAAAAAGGAGCGAAAAUAACAAUUUAAGUCGAUAAAAGGAUGAUAAUAAUCGAGUAUUUUGAAUAAUAGAAUGUAAAUUUUUAUUCUAGUUUCUUCAUUCUUCUGGAAUGAUCAUAAUUAUAACGCAAAACGACAAACUCGUCAACUUUCAAUGCUGAAACUUUAAUAACAAAAAUUCAAAGUUAAUCAUUAAAAUUGUUAUCAAAUAAGAUUGUCUCAACUGAGCAAAGAUGUUAUUUUUUCCUGUUAAAAAAAUGAAUGUUUAAAUACGAUGCUAAUUCAUUGUCAUUUAACUGAAUAACGAAAAAAAAGUUCUGUACACAACUCGAUAAAGUAUUUCAAUAAAAAGCAAAAAAAAAUUAUCGCAACUUAA